UGUUGAAUAUUCUGCUUUACUCCACGGUCGUCUCUUGGCUGCAGUGUCUCAAGUUUAGAAGUUGUGAUGCGGGGGGUAGUUCCGGGUUGAUCCUUUCUUAUGUAGACUACUACAUAUAUUUGCACACAGAAUGGCUCUGUUAAUGGAUCACCAGUUCGUUCCCUUGCCGGAGAGCAAAGAGGUGGCCACGAAGACGUUUUUGGAUUCCGUGUCUUAUAUUCCGCCUUUCUUUGACUGUCUUGGAUCUAAAGUUUUUGGCCCAGUCAAAUCGGACAUCAGUGGUAACAUAACUAAAAUCAAGGCGAUUUAUGACUCGGACCCUGAAAAGUAUGGGACCCUGCAGGACAUACUGAUGACUGAAAAGGUCAAGUAUGGUGCUGAAUGGCCUAAAGCAGGGGCCACACUUGCCCUGAUGUGGCUCAAGAGGGGUUUGCGCUUCAUACAGCUUAUGCUUCAGAGCCUUGCAGACGGGGAGAAGGAUGAGAACAACCCUAACUUGAUUCGCUUUAACAUCACCAAGGCUUAUGAGCAGGCGCUGAAGAGAUACCAUGGCUGGCUGGUUCAGAAGAUCUUCAAGGCUGCGCUGAUCGCUGCACCUUAUAAAUCCGACUUCCUGAAGGCGCUGUCCAAAGGUGAGGAGGUCACAGAAGAGGACUGCCUGGCGCAAGUACGCCAGUUUUUAGUCAACUUCACCGCCACCAUCGACGCCAUCUUUGAAAUGUUCAUCGCUCUGAACGCCGAGCUGGACUACUCGGUUUGAGAAACGUCUUCACCCUUCCUCUUCUUCCAAAACAACCUCUUGAAUGCUGUGUAACCAUCUUUGUUCACUAGACCAUUCAGACCAUUAGGCCCAUGCCUAAAAUGGGAUUGGUGGGAACAGUCCUUGGAAUUAAAAGGAGAGACCGUGCCACUCUAUGAAGGCAUAAGAAACUGUUUGACCUUUGAAGAGGUCAGCAAUACACUGCAGGAAUCGACAUCCUUAGAUUGGGCUGUCCUUAUUACUCAGUGUUUUAAUACACAUUUAAUUUCAGUGUGCGAUUUAUCUUUUGAAAAUGAUGACUUGAGUAAAUCUCGAGUAAUCUUUCCUCAAAUCCUCAGGAGAUCUGUAAAUUCAGGACAUUAGUAAAUUGGCGAUGGAGGGAUAAGAAUGUUUUAUUUUGAGUAAUGUUUUGCAUGGCUACUUCUUGAAAAUGUGGCAUCCGUGAUGUGUUUUCCUAAUGCUGUAUUUUACUUAAAGAAAAGAAAAAAACAUCAUUAAACUUAAACUGAUGUUUUUUUUUUACCUUUUUCAUGUCACUGUUGAAGAAAAUGACAGAUACAUCACUGCUUAAACUGUAGUAUUUGUGAUCGCAUUAGUCCCAAGCAUGUUACCUGAAAUAAGCUGGGAACUUUUGAACAUGCCAGUUUUUACAGCAUGGCUACAAAAGACCCAGUCUGGUUUUUAUCUCUACCUAUUACCUGCUGUUGCCUUUGGGUGCAGUCAUUCGUGUUCUAUAAAACACCUUUACUGUUUUACUCUGAAAACAGAGUGACCUCUUUUUGCUAAAAAGUUGGGUACACAUUAGGUACAUCAGCUAUUAAACUAUGCAGUGUUGUCAACAUCCUUUUGUGUAUGUGACUACUCUUUUUGGGAGCAUUCAAAGUGAUUUAAUUACUAUUCCAUGGCUUUGUGCUUUUCACUCUGCAACCUGUAGAUGGAGCUGGUUAGCUAUCAAUGAGAACUCAAAAGGGAUGGGAAAAUCUUGCUCUGACUCGAAUUAUUUGUGGUUACUGAUUUAUUUUUUAUGUUGUUAAAUACAAUUGUCUAUUAAUUCAGUUGUAUAUUAAUUCAGGUCUUUUUUCUCUAUGUAGGUGCUUGUCAAAUUAAAAGCUCUUCUAGAC